CCUCCGCUGAGCGCGCCGCGGGCAGAGCUGCGAGGAUGACGGUGGACUUCGAGGAGUGCAUCAAGGACUCUCCCCGGUUCCGGGCGACCAUUGAUGAAGUGGAAACAGAUGUGGUGGAGAUAGAAGCAAAGCUUGACAAGCUGGUGAAGCUAUGCAGUGGGAUGAUAGAAGCAGGCAAAGCCUACAUCACCACCAACAAGCACUUUGUCAGUGGAGUCCGUGAUUUGUCACAGCAGUGCAAGAAGGAUGAAAUGAUUUCUGAAUGCCUCGACAAAUUUGGAGACAGUCUGCAGGAAAUGAUUAACUAUCACAUGAUUCUGUUUGACCAGGCUCAGAGGUCAGUCCGACAGCAACUACACAAUUUUGUGAAAGAUGAUGUGCGGAAGUUCAAGGAAACCAAGAAGCAGUUUGACAAGGUGCGAGAGGACAUGGAGAUUUCACUGGUGAAGAAUGCCCAGGCACCUCGGCACAAGCCCCAUGAAGUAGAGGAGGCAACAGGCACCCUGACCAUCACCAGAAAGUGUUUCCGGCAUCUGGCCCUAGACUAUGUGUUACAGAUCAACGUUCUGCAGGCCAAGAAGAAGUUUGAGAUACUGGAUGCGAUGCUGUCCUUCAUGCAUGCCCAGUACACCUUUUUCCAGCAGGGCUACAGUCUUCUUCAUGAACUAGAUCCCUACAUGAAGAAACUAGCUACAGAGCUGGACCAGCUGGUGAUUGACUCUGCAGUGGAGAAGAGGGAGAUGGAGCACAAGCACGCACUGAUACAGCAGAGGACCCUCCUGCAGGACUUCUCCUAUGAUGACUCAAAGGUGGAGUUUAAUGUUGAUGCCCCCAGUGGAGUGGUGAUGGAAGGCUACCUCUUCAAGAGAGCUAGCAAUGCUUUCAAGACAUGGAAUCGGAGGUGGUUCUCCAUACAGAACAGCCAGCUGGUGUACCAGAAAAAGUUAAAGGAUGUCCUCACAGUAGUGGUGGAAGACCUGCGGCUCUGUACUGUCAAGCCAUGUGAAGAUAUAGAGAGGAGGUUUUGCUUUGAGGUCGUCUCACCUACCAAGAGUUGCAUGCUACAGGCUGACUCAGAAAAGCUGCGUCAAGCCUGGAUUCAGGCUGUUCAAGCUAGCAUUGCUUCUGCUUACCGGGAGAGUCCUGACAGCUAUUACAUUGAAAGGCUGGAUCGGACCGCUUCUCCAUCCACUAGCAGCAUUGAUUCUGCUACUGACUCUCGGGAACGCAAUGUGAAAGGGGAGACCAUCUUGCAGAGAGUUCAAAGCAUCCCUGGGAAUGAUCAGUGUUGUGACUGUGGUCAGCCAGAUCCCCGCUGGGCCAGUAUCAACCUGGGUAUUCUGCUGUGUAUUGAGUGCUCUGGUAUCCACAGGAGUCUGGGUGUUCACUGUUCAAAAGUCCGGUCUCUCACGCUGGAUUCCUGGGAGCCAGAGUUACUGAAGCUGAUGUGUGAGCUGGGAAAUAGCACUAUGAAUCAGAUAUAUGAGGCACAGUGUGAUGAGUUAGGACUUAAGAAACCUACAGCAGGGAGCUCCAGGCAGGACAAGGAAACCUGGAUCAAAGUGAAGUAUGUGGAGAAGAAAUUCCUUAAGAAGCUGCCAAAUGGGGAGGCUCUGACAGAGAAUGAGAGGAAACCUCGGCGCUGGUGUGUGAAGAAGUGCCAGAGGCACAACAGCACCACGAAAGCACCCACGACUCGAAGAAAAUACCGCCAUGAAGCAGGCAAUGCAUCACCAGCCACAUUAUCAUCAGCAGCCACCCUGGAGCGGAAAUUCCGGCGAGAUUCUCUCUUCUGCCCUGAUGAGCUGGACUCUCUCUUCUCCUACUUCGACGCUGGUGCUGGCUCUGGCCCGCGCAGUGCCAGCCACAUCUCUAUGCAGCAUCCGCUAGCAGGUGGCCUAUGGAGUGGCAGUGGCAUUGGUCCCAGUGGGAGCGGUACGCCGUUCCUCCUGGACGGAGGUCUGAGCAGUGACAGUGGGCUUGGAGGCAGCACAGAUGGCAGCACUGAUAUCCUGGUAUUUGGCUCAGUGGUGGACAGUGUGACAGAAGAAGAGUGCGAGGUGUCAGAAGAGUCAAGUGGUGAGGCAGAGAUUGAACAGGAAGCAUCAGAUUUGGAGGACCUGAGGGAGCUUCAUCCUGGUGUGCUGAUCUACAAAGCAGCACAGGCUCGAAACCUGCCUCUCAUGGCAGAAGCGCUGGCACAUGGUGCUGAGGUCAACUGGGUUAAUGAUGAAGACGAAAACAAAACUCCUCUGAUUCAAGCUGUGAUGGGGGGUUCUUUGAUUGCCUGUGAAUUCCUACUGCAGAAUGGAGCAGAUGUUAACCAAAGAGAUAUCCGGGGCCGGGCUCCCUUGCACCAUGCUACAUACCUGGGACAUACUGGUCAGGUCUGCUUGUUCCUGAAGCGAGGGGCAAAUCAGCAUGCAGUGGAUGGGGAUGGGCAGGACCCACUCAGUAUUGCAGUCCAGGCAGCCAAUGCAGAUAUAGUUACCUUGCUGCGUCUGGCUCGAAUGAAUGAGGAAAUGCGAGAAGCAGAGGGCCCAUUUGGACAACCAGGUCAAUACCCCAGCAACAGCCCUACUGAGCUCCAGUACAGGAAGUGUAUACAGGAGUUCAUCAGCCUUAAUAUAGAUGAGUGUUAGUGACAACUCCCCCACCUCCCCUUUGCUAUCUUGAAGUUGGGCUGGAUUUCUAGAAGCCUUGUGAGCCCCACCUUUGGUAUAUUGGUGUUUCUUGCAGAUUGGUCUGUUUUUAAUGCCUGCACGUAUAGGUUGAGAUCCACACAGAAAGGAGAAAGGACCUUUCCUGAUAGCAUAAAGUUACCGUGCUUGACUACUGGAUGGUUGAUUUCAUAUAGGAGAGUCUUAGGGCGCAACCACAGACCAUGGCAUGUGGGCUUGCGUGUAUGAUAAGUACGUAAGACCAGAGUUCAGCAUUAAAAAAACAAAAUAACAAACUAAAAACAGAAAAGAAAGAGAAGAAAAGGAAACCUUCUAUCACUAGGAGAAGUCCACCAACAAUAUGAUCAGACAAACCUGUCAUAUUUCUGCUGCAAAGCAGUUACUAUGCACUGAAUUCUUGUCUGAACAGUUUGCUUGGAAGGGAUUCUGACAUGGAGCCCUCCUGGCAGCAUGACCAGCAGCCUGGGGCUGUUGCAACAUCCAGAAGCUGCUGAGCCCAGUUUCGAAAACUAAACUAUGACCUCUAAGCCAGGAACAGACUGUUUUGUGGGGCCUUUGCUCCAGAAGGCACAACAGAAGAGUUAGGAUUGAGAGCGAUAAUGACCCACCUUACAUGCUCUCAGGACUAUACCAGCCACACUUCUUUCUUUGGGGCCCUUAGUGGCUAGCUGGUCAAAGCCAUAGCUCAUAUGCUUCCUGGGCUGAGAUGUGAUCAGCACAUUGUUACUGAAGCAGCAAUGCUAACUUUUUGAAGCUUGGAGAAGCUUGUCGCUGGCGAUGGGCCUUGUGUCAGGGAAUAAAAGCCAAUUCCAAUUCCCACUGCCUAAAUGGCUGCCUGAAAGAUGCAAUUUGAGUUUGGUUUGGUUUGUUUCCUGGUCACUUCAGGUUUUUGACUUAGCAUCUCUGUGGAGACUUCUGCUUGCAUGUGUAUCCCCUCCAUGUGUAACCCUGCAUGCUGAAACAUAUGAAUAGAGCGUCUCAGCAGCUGGCCCAGGGACUCUGGAAUUUCCCAAUUCUAAUGACCAGCAGAAUCUUCUUUUUGUUUCUUUCUUGUAUUAUUAUUUGCUGGAGUUGGGGAACAUGUUUCUACUCAGAGCACUUUGUUGCUAUUUUUAUGGUCUGUGUUUUGGGGACCAUGUCGCAGUACCUGUGCUGAGAUGCUGGAACCACGUAGUCCUCCCUUAGGAGGACUUACAGAGCAUGCGUACCACUGGCAGAUUACGCUCAGGGUGGGAAUUUGGAUGCCAAGCUGAAAUGCGCUCCCAUAAGAGCCCCUUCUGAAUGCCUUCAACUGCUAUUGGCAGAGUUCUUCAGGGCUCAUGGAGGGCAGUCCACGCCUGGUUUUUAUUCCUGCUUGGGCUGCUGGCUCUGGACCUGGGUCGCAGUGCCUUACAGGAAAUGCUGGGAUCUUGAGGGAUCAGGAUCUUACAAGGAACACAGGUUAUGAGGCAGAGUUCCCAAUCCUUUUGUGUUACACCUGUAGGGAUGCAUUCAUCUUAUUUUUCAUUCAAUACAUGUUUGGCUCCUUUACUUUUUUUAUACUGGUUGCUAUCAUGCUGCAGCCCUUGGUGGAUUAAACUACUCUAUUGAUUUAUUUCUGUUGAUGUAAUUCUGCCCUCAGGUGCUGAACCAACAGUACUCAGAGUUCACUCACAUGUCUAAAAAUAGAACAGUAGAGAAACUCCACUUGGACUCUGUUAGUGUGUCCUCUCAGUUCAAGAAGAGACCCUGCUUCCUCAGGGAAGUGCUGCCCCAGAUUUUGCUGCAGACAGACCACAGUUUUCUGUAUGUGCCAUCUGGUUCUUGAAUUCUGUCUUGGCCUUUUGGCUUUCUCAUGCCUUUUCCCUUUGGAGCUGAGUUCUGAUCUCAGUUCCAACUGUCAUGAAUCUGGAAUAGUCCUAGUGACUGUGCUGAAGUUGCUCUGGAUCAAUGGUAGUACAGAAUCUGGCCACAGGGCCUAACUUUCUUCCCAAAAUAAUAAAAAAAUCUCCUUUCACUAAUCUUAGAAAAUCAAAAUUAAUGAGCUUAGUCCCAUCAGCCUUUUCACCCUUGGCAAUGCCUUUCACUGUAUCUUCACCACCACUCUGCUCUUUCUGAGGCUCUAGGGAGCAGACAAGGUAUCACUGCUCUGUACUCAGCAUGCUACUGGGUACUGGCAAAACCCUGCUAAUAACCCUGAUAAUUUAGGACACUGAUGGGUUAGAAGGGAAGUGCACCAUGCAAACUUGCAUUCUCCCUUUUUAGCUGUUUGAUGGCUGGUGCUGGAACUCUCUGGCAGUCUUUAACCAGGCAUUAUUCCCUCUGAACUCUGCUAUGAGUAAAAGCUGUAGGGUGUGACCUUAACAUUUGGCAGAAGGCAGAUCAUUUAGUCUAUAUUCAUACUGUGUGCAGCACUGGCACAAUCAGGAGUGAUGCAGAACAGCAUGCAGGAUUAAACUCUGGUGUAAACACCACCAUUGCUACAGUUCAGUUCCAGAGGAAUUCUAAGAUGUAUAAAUGCAUAGUACAGAUGACAGUUUCUUUGUGAGUUGGGACCACGUUUUGAUUGUAGCUCCCAUAUGUGUGACUCUGAAGUCACAUCACUGAAUGGAGAGGGCUGACUCCAGGCAUGCAUCCAUAUAAGUGUUUCUAAAUGUAGGCAGGCAUGCAUAGGAGAUGUGGCCUGUAGUGCUGCUACAUGAUCUCCUUUAAUUUGUGUUUAUUAUGCCCUGAGUUUCUUCCUGAUACCAGUGUGAGGUUAUAGUCAGUAUCACUGACUUAGUUUUUUCUGUACCACAUCAUAGAAAGUCACUGCCGAUUCUUGUGGAGCCUGGUCUUUCAGUCCUUUGCAUUGGACUUUGUCUUCUUUCUGGUUGAAGUUGCCCUAUGUUUAAAUGGGCUCCUCCACUGAGCAAAGCGGUCCCUUUCACUUGUGUGUUCCUGCCUUGUUUGAUAUCCCUCCCUUGUCAGUGAAGCCUACUCUCACUGCAGUCAGUGGCAAUGCUGCUGUCAGUCUGAGGGGUGUCAGGAACAAAUCCCUAGUCUUACAAAUCAGCUGUGUGAAAUGUCCUAUGCAGAGGCAUUGCUCUGCAGAGCUCAGUGUUGGAUCCUCUCUCUCAAUGAAAUGUGAUGUGGUGGUGAGCAUACCGGCAAUACAGCAAAGCCCUUAAACACGUCUCUACCUUCAACGGGACUGGUUUGAUUAUGGUAACAGUGAGAAUCACCAUGAAGCAUCCAGAUUAGCAUUUAGUAUGCUCAGUAUAGGACAGGAACAAACACGCACCCAAAAAUUGGCUGUGUUCCCUGGGCAAGGAACUGAGACACCCUUCUGUAAUGAAUUCUCUUUGAUAAUCCUAUCCCAUUUUAUACCGAUCUGCAUCAAUUUAGACAUUUGUCAAUACUGAUGUGGUUCUCUUCAAGUUCUGCCCUGCCCUAGAAAAAGACCACACUGAAUCAGAACUGGCAUCUUUUAGGAUACUUCAGAGAUCUUGAAAGUGAAAUAAAUGUUUCACCACCACUAUGCUCCUAUUUUGUGUUGAAGAACUCUGGUGUGGUGGUUGUCUAACAACUUUUUUCUCAUGCAUAGCAACUUAAAAACACCCCAAUAAAUUUUCCAGUUUCUUAUGAGAAAUUAGAAAUGUGACUGAUGUUGUCUGUAAGCCAAUGAGAACUGGAGGCUAGGCUUCCACUUUGGGCCAUUUUAUUUUAGAGUCAGCAUUAGUGACUCACGAGAACAAUAUAAAAAUCAUGUAUCGUUUGGUGCAUUGAAGCUCAGACUCUUUCACUGCUGAAGUACAUGCAUUUAAAGCAUAUGUAAAUACUAAUGCAAAAAGCAGUGUCUUGCAGGACAAUUUAUCUAUUUAAUAUGUAUUGGUACUUUAUUUAGAUUCAAUGUAUAAAACAACUUUGUGCACUUUUCCUACUUACAGUAUUGGGGGGGGUUUAUGUUCUUCUGUUUUUCAGUGAAAAUUGUUAAAUAUUUAAUUUAUUAUUGAUAUGCCCAGAGGACUAGUGCAAUUUUUAUUCAAUGCAGUUUGGUUGUAUUUAAUGUCAGGAUUUUUUUUUUUUUUUGUAACAUUGUUAGGGAAUUUAUUUUCAAAAUCUGCUUGUUUCCCCCUCCAACUUUCCUUCCCUCAUCCCCUGAUUUUUCUCUUCUAUUUUCAUGAUGCAGAUUAUAAGGCGUUAAAUGGGUCUAGUUUGAAAUAUAAUAGAACACUUUAGUACAUCCUGCAGUUUCUAAAACAAAAAAGUUCUCCAGGGAAAAUAUGCUAAGGAGAUUCUUCUCAAUGUUUUCUGUGUUGAUUUGUAUUUUUGGAUGGGGUGUGUGUGUGUGCGUGCGUGUGCGUGUGUGCAUGUGUGCUUUGGAGUGGAGGGAAUGGGGAAAUUGUACAUAAAGUUUGUUUUCAGUGAAGUGGCCAGUGGGGUUACAGGAAAGACUAGAUAUAAACACUGGCUUUUUUUUUCCUUUUUGAAGUACAAUUGUGUUUAUGUGAUGUACAAUCCUAUUUGAAAUAUCCAAUGCCCAAACCUUUUUUCUUUCUUUUGAAAGAGUGCAUAUGUUAUCUAUAUGAUACUUACCUUUGUCUAGAAAGCAACGUGCCAGGCAUUAUCAAAACAUAGAUGGACCUAAACCAUUGCCUCAGACUUGCAGAUUCUUUUACCUUCUGACUUUCUGAGAUCUAAGGCAGUAUUUACAUACCUGUCCCAGAUUUUGAGUCAGCUGAAAUCCUGUAACUGAGUUCCUGGACCAGAUUGUCUAGAUUUGAAAGUUUUAGGGUCUGACACAUGUCUCUGAUUUCAUAUGGGAUGAGUUCAGGUGGCUGGCAAGUUGAGAUGAUACCUCAGUGUUCCCUCUUCCACAUGACAUCCAGAGCAGUCUCAGAUUAUUUUAAUAUCACAGUCUCUGGGAUGGUCUCUGCAAUGUGAAAUUUCUUUUAGUAGUCUAGGGGAGAAACGUGAAAUUGGAAGAUUGGAUGAGUCUUAAAGAACAAGAUUUGACGAGCUGAGACUGAGGUGAGCAUAAAAUAGAUCAAAAACAUCUCAGAUAAGCAAAAAUGACCAUUAUUUGUGCAAGAUAAAAACAGGAUGUCCUAAAGAAAUGCACUGAAUAGCAGACUGUCCAGUGGCCACAACACAACUGUUAUCUGCUGAUAAAUUCCUGUGUUGUUCUGGACUAUGACUAGAUUACCCCUGAGCCCACUUCUGUCUCGUCACUGCCCCAGCAUUAUUGCUUUCAACCAAAGACAAAUGGAAUGAAUGGAUUGAAUGUAAUACUAAACAAUUGGUCGGCUGAAGACAAACUCUUGUACAAGUGUGCGUGUGUGUGAGAAUGGGUGCUUCUGUGAUACUGGGGAGGGGGCUAAAGAGGAGAAGGGAGAGUGAGAGUCUGAAAGGGUAAGAUUUUUUUAAAGAGAUACCAAAAUAUAGAGUGCUGUUUCCAUAGGAAUGUGAUUCAUAUUACAAUCCGCCUGCUGGUUCCUCACCCCUGCAGGGGAGCUGGACUGGGAUUCCUCCCUUCCAAGCUUUAUACACAGCAUUAUGUUAAGGGGAAGAUAGGGCAGCUGGAUAUUUAUGUGAAAUGAAUGAGGGGCAAGGUAGGGGUAGCAGUCAUCUUGGACAGUUUCCAGGGUGGUAGGAGGACCAUGUGUGUUUCUGGUGCAGGAGCUGAGACAGCUGAGAGGUGGUAGCUGAGGUAGGAGCAAACCCUUCACAAACAUAUCUCAGCUUUUAGCACCUUCCUUGCAGUCAGGAGAAUGAAGGAGCAUGUUUAGUUUUGUACCUCCUUGUGCGCCACCUGGUCACUUACUGGAAGUGUCCAGGGCAGUUACCUUCAAAUGCGUUGACCUCCAUCUCUAUAGACCCUUUCAGUUGACUUUCAUCCAUCAUGUCCCUCCAACGGCACAUGAAUGCUUGUGUGGAUUCCCCAUCCUGGGAGCCCUUUCUGAGACCUGUGGCCAUUGAAUCACAGAGAGAGAGUAAGCCUUUCUAACCACAGAGUGACAUAAGGUUGUAGCCUGGAGUGAAAGCUUUGAACUGAAAAAUAAAGCUCUCCUAGUCAAGGCUCCCAUAUCUUCCUAUUUAAACAGUGUGGAAAGAAAGAAGUUAUUCAGUGAAGUCAAAGCUGCUAGAUGUGGUUGAUUAGUAUGGCUCCAUUACACACUGAAUGGCUGAGGAUGCUGUACCAGGGACUGACACCUGCUGUAAAUAUGCUGUAACGUAUUAACCUCCUUCAUUCGCCUGCUUUCAGUACAACUUUGGAACACAUUUUUUAAUUCUCCCUCUCCCUACACAGCCUGUACUGACUGUAACUUUGGAACCAGAUAUUCUGUAUGUUACUAUCUUUGUACAAUUUUAAAACUGUUGCUGUGAUGUCUGCCUUUUUUCUCCCUUUCUCUUCUAUUGUCUCUUGAAACACUGUUAAUAAAAAUCUAGAUAAACUUCUUCUCUCCUUCUACUUUGGCUUGUUUUAUUUACAUAGGGCUUCUUCCCUUGAUGCCUAUAUUAACUAGAUCUAGAACACUGUCCCCUUUUAACCUAUUUUCCUUUUCCGCUGCAGCCCAUAGCUUUAAUUUAUGUCAAUGAAUAGACUGGAAUGGCACAUGAAUAUUCUGCAUUUUUAGUUGGGUUUCUGUGACACUGUCUUGUGACAACAUAAUUUCAAUGUGCUUGGGGAGAAGGCUAGGGUAAAGGGGAGAGGCUCAAAUCACUUCCACCCUCCCUCAUGUACAUAUGUGUCUCUUUAGAGUACCUGAAUCGAUUAAUGCUUGGUGUGUUCACAACUCUGCAGAUGACUGGUCUAGUAAAAGGAGAUAUUGCACUAGAUGAAAAUCUAUAUCUUUGGUGGAUGGACUAACAAUUCCAGUUUCACUGUGCAAUCUUUUCCUCAUUGGUACCUCUCAUCCCAUAUGCCUAUGGCAGAAAAUAAAAAGAAGAGAAGAAAGACUAUCCUGGCAUCAUGAUUUUUAUCACAC